CACCAACGUACAUACAUAUCUCGAUUUUUGCGUAAUUCUCGCUUGCAAUUUGGCAUACGUGACUUAUCAUCAUAGUUUUAUCAUCGCCUUCCACACACGUAUUUAACUGUAAUACGUAUUUUAAGUAAUCUUUACGUGCAUUACAUGCUCUGGAAUGGAGGCAGAAUUGAGACGUCUAAAGUGUCCAAUGUGUUUCUUCUCAACUGUGAUUCCAAGAAGUUUAACCUGUCAUUAUGUGAGAAAUCAUAGAUUUGAUCCACAUUUCACUGUAAGAUGUGUAGUAGCAGGUUGCACAGCCACUUUUAUGAAGUGGUGUUCUUUUAAAAAGCACGUUCUAAGAAAACAUCGUAACAGCCACGAUAACUUGCUAAGAGACGUUCCGUUUCAAUAUGAACCAAACGUUUAUGAAAUGGAAAAUAAUAUAUUACAACCAGAAAAUGACAAUAUGUUACAACCAAACAUAGAGAUGGCAUGUGAAAUCAAUGAGACACAUGAUCUCAAUUGGCAUAUAAUGAAAUUCCUUCUCUUUGUUAGGAAUUAUUGUAAAACCUCUCAAACAGCUAUUGAAAAUGUUGCUUCUGGAUUGCAGCAUUUUAUUAAACAACUUUCUCUAUUAUUGCUGAAUAAACUUCGUCAAAAUUCUGAUCCUGAAUCGGGAUUUAUUACAAAUGAAAAAUGUUUCGAAAUUAUUGAGCAAACUCUUCUCAAUAACUCGUGGACAAGUUACAAUAAUUAUAAUAUGAAUAAGUUUCUUAUGGAUAAUCUAAAUAUGAUUCCACCAAAAGCCAUACAACUGAGUCGCACACUGCUUUGGAAGUACAAACCUAAACUCGAUUUAAUUGAGAAAAAAUCUUAUGGUUAUUAUUUGUCACUGCUUUCUAGCUUACAAAGAUUACUCGCUAAUGAACAGGUUCGUUAUUGUGUCGAUAACCCAAAAAACAAUGGGAAUGUUAUGAAAUCUGUCUUGGAUGGUGACACGCCUGCUUCAGCAUUUUUAGGUGGCUUUAAAAUGUCUGUUAGUGCAGAUAAGCCAUGUCGUAGAUGUAUGACCAAUCAAGAUAGGUGGAAAAGAUUUUUUACUGAAAAAGCUUUCACUUUAAGAAAUAUGGAAAGCCAUUUAAAUCACUUGGAAAUAAUUGAAGGGCCUGAAAUGCUACAAACUACUCGUGAAUAUUGGAAAACAAAUUUUGGAGUUAACACGAGAAGUAAAUUAAUUGAUAUUGCACAUUUUGAUGUAACAAUGUGUCUCGUACAAGAUAUAAUGCAUGUCUUGUGUGAGGGUGUUUUAGAAGUGGAAGCAAGACUUUUAAUUAAUUUUUGCAUUCAAGAAAAAACAAUUACUCUCGAGACAUUAAAUAAUCGCAUAACUGCAUUUAACUACGGUCAUUUGCAAAGAGAUAAACCUUCAUUAAUCAAAACUGGCCACCUUAAAGCAAAUUUGAAACAGUCAUCUGCUCAAAUGCUUUGUCUUGCACAUGUAUUACCAUUUCUUCUUAAUAAUAAUCUAUAUAAUGAAAAUAGUUCAGAGGAUAAUACUAUUCAUGACAGACUUCUACUCCAUACAAGACUGUUGCAAAUUACAAAUAUUUGUUUUGCUUUUGAAGUGACCAAGAAUGAUGCUACUUAUUUAGCACAACUCAUACGAAUUUUUCUCUCUCAGUUUGAUAUUCUGUAUCCUAAUUUAAUGGUUCCAAAAUUCCACUUUCUUGUUCAUAUUCCUCGUCAGAUUAUUUUCUUUGGUCCAGCCCGUCAACAGUUUUGUAUGAGAUUUGAAGCCGCUCAUGCUUGGUUCAAAACAUUAGCGAGAGUCGUUAGAAAUUUUAAAAAUAUACCUCUAUCAUUAUCGUACAGGUAUGAGAGCUUAAGAUGUUCCGAAUUAGCAGGGAUUUCAGGAGAAUCAUUAAAAUUUUUGUACACUGGACACAAAAUCAACGAAGGUAGCAUGCUUGAUCUGACUGACAUUCCUGAACGUGAAUUAUUAAUAUCUUUUUUAUCAAAUUUACAUGAACAACUUUCGAUACCAUUAAUGUUCACAAAAAAAAUAACUGUGCAUGGUACAACAUAUGAAUUAGGUUCUAUUAUUUUGUUAAAAUGCGAAGAAAAUGAUAUGCCUGUUUUCGGCCAAAUAACAAAAAUAUAUAUCCAUGGAGAAGACUUUCUUCUGUUGUACAAAGAAUAUGAUACAUUAUAUUAUUGCCCAACUUUAAACGCUUAUCUCGUACAAAAUUCACUUAACGAUGCAAUAAGUGUUAUAAAAAUGAGUGAACUCAUACAUCCUCAUCCUAUAUCUAUAUUUUCUUUUAAAAAAUCAAAGUUUGUUGUUCUCCUUAGUUAUAAUAGAACAGAAUUUAUUCAGUAGUUAAUAUAAUUAGGUAUAAAAUAUGUAUAUAAUGUCAAUCAUUAGAUAUUUCAGUUUACAAUAGUAUAUAUAAGGAGUUAGAUAUAUAAGGACUCUAUAUAAGAACUACGGAUUUAUUCUGAUUAUAAGCUUCAUAAAUGAAAAAGAAAAUAUAUGUUCAUAUUCAAAGAAUACAAAUGCUUAUCUUGAUCAUAAAUGCUUAUUAAAAUUAAGUUAAUAACUGUAUAUGACAAUUCUGUAAAAUCAGCAAAAGUUCCGAAUAAAUUGUUUACACAAAA